AUCCAGUCUAGUCUACGCGCCUCUUUCUCUCUCUGUAAUUCUUUCUGAAUUCAUAAUUCCGAGUCCUUCCCAUUUCUCUCGCCAUUUUUUAUUUUUUAUUUUUACCCGGGUUUUUUGUUCUUUCUCCCUUCAAUCUCUCUCUCUCUCUCUCUCUGCCCUACUGUCACUUCUCUCUACUCUUUCAAUUCUCAUUCCUAAUUCUUCAACUUCUCUUCUUCCAUUUUUUUUUUUUUUUGAUUUUCAUUAUUUCGAUUUUUCGUAGACCGGCUUUGAUUGUUUUUCUUUUUCAUUUGGACUUUUUCCCCCACGACUGGGGUUUAAUUGCCGGGAAGUACUCGGGAUUUUGUCUUUUUAGCUCGCUAAUUUUCUCUCUGGUUUUGAAUUGGUGGAUUUUGUGCUGAAUUUCCAAGGUUUUGGCUGUGAUCGGACCUUUUAAUUCUAAGAUCUGUUCUGCUUCGGUGGUCAAUUUUGAUCUGGUUAGUGUUUUGUUCAGCUACGGGUUUGGAUCAGAUCGAGGAAGAAACAGCGCCAUCCGAUGGCGCUGUUCAGAAGGUUCUUUUACAGGAAGCCGCCGGAUCGGCUUCUUGAAAUCUCCGAGAGAGUCUAUGUGUUUGAUUGCUGCUUCUCCACGGAAGUGUUGGAAGAAGAAGAGUAUAAGGUCUACUUGGAUGGCAUUGUAGCACAGUUGCAGGGCCACUUUCCCGAUGCCUCUUUCAUGGUUUUCAACUUCAGAGAAGGUGAUAGGCGUAGUCAAAUUUCUGAUGUACUGACUCAGUAUGACAUGACAGUUAUGGACUAUCCUCGGCAAUAUGAGGGGUGUCCUUUACUGUCAUUGGAGAUGGUUCACCACUUCCUUCGAUCUAGUGAAAGUUGGUUGUCGGUGGAGGGUCAACAGAAUGUUCUAUUGAUGCACUGUGAAAGAGGAGGAUGGCCUGUUCUUGCAUUCAUGCUAGCUGGUCUUCUCUUGUAUAGAAAACAAUACAGUGGGGAGCAGAAGACCCUUGAAAUGGUCUACAAGCAAGCUCCUAAGGAACUUCUCCAUCUUUUGUCUCCUUUAAAUCCUCAGCCUUCCCAUCUGAGAUAUCUUCAAUACAUUUCCAGGAGAAAUUUAGGUUCCGAUUGGCCUCCAUCGGAUACACCUCUAGUUUUGGAUUGUUUAAUACUUAGAGUUCUACCUCUUUUUGACGGGGGAAAGGGAUGUAGGCCUGUUGUGCGUGUUUAUGGUCAAGACCCCUCAACACCAGCAAAUAGAACUUCAAGGCUUUUAUUUUCAACAUCAAUCAAAAGAAAACAUAUCCGCAACUACCUACAGGCAGAGUGUAUGCUGGUGAAAAUUGAUAUUCAUUGCCAUGUCCAAGGAGACGUAGUUCUUGAAUGCAUCCAUUUGGAUGAAGAUCUAGUGCAUGAGGAGAUGAUGUUUAGAGUUAUGUUUCACACAGCAUUCGUAAGAUCAAACAUUAUGAUGCUGAACCGUGAUGAAGUUGAUGUUUUAUGGGAUGCAAGGGACCAAUUUCCUAAGGACUUCAGAGUUGAGGCACUCUUUUUGGAUGCUGAUGCUGUUGUCCCCAGUCUCACCACAGCCUUAGACGAUGAAGAUGGUAAUGAAACUGGAGCUGCUUCUCCUGAAGAAUUUUUUGAGGUUGAAGAGAUCUUCAGUAAUACAAUGGAUGGGCAGGAAGCAAAGGGGUCCAAUGAUCCUCAAGUGGUCAAGCAUGUAAACCGUAACGAAGAUUUGAAGGAGGACUUGGAUCCUCAUGCAUUCCAAGAUUGUGCAUCUGACGAUGGAAAUCAUCUUAGGCAUGAUAAGAAACCAGAUUUUGAUGCAGUGAAGGACAUUACUGUGGAUGAUGUGAGGUACAAACUGGAUGAAAAUAUAUAUCCUGAUCUUAAUGUAGUUAAGGACAUUGGUGUAGAUGAUGGGGAUAUGAAUUCAAAUUCCUUCAUGGUUGCUGCUAAUGUCCUGACCCAUGUGGAAGCCCAGGGUUUGGUGGAUGAUGCAUACGAGAAAUUUGAAGAUAUAGAAGAAAAGGAUGAUGGUAGAUAUCCUACAACUGAGAAAUUGGAAAACAAGGCUCUGCAGAAAAAGUUGAGUGCUGAUGGUUCAGAAUCUGAAAAAGUGCAAAUACCGAUUUCCAAGAAACAGCCUAUUUCAAGUGCAAAACCGACCACUGAUAUGGGUUUAACUGAACAGAAAGUCGAACAACAAGAGGCUCAAGGGUUUUCUGGAAAACAAGCAAGGCCAAAUAUAGUUUCUAGGUGGAUCCCACCUAACAAAGGCUCCUAUGUGAAUUCUGUGCAUGUUUCCUAUCCGCCUUCAAGAUAUAACAGUGCCCCUGCUGCCACUCUCAGUUCCCUAGUUGCUACAGAUGUGAAUAAUGACGUGGAUUCUAUAAGGCCUUCAUACUCUGCACUUGGGGAACUCGUGCUUGGCCCAUCGUCUCCAGUUGAGUCGAUAGAGGAGACAUAUUCUUCCUCUGAAACUUUAAAACCAUCACACUGCGAUCCACAACUUGAAGUACCUCCUCCCCCACUGCCCACAAAGCCUCCAUCUCCAUAUUUUCCAUCACCCCCCCGAGCAAAUGCAAUACCUCCUCCACCANCUCCACCACCUACUUCAUUUCAUCAUAUUGAGUCAACGUACUCUCCUCCACCACUUUCUGUGUCUUCAGCACCACCACCCCUAGUUAGCUCAUCAAACACAGUGACUACCCCUUCCCCUCCCCCUCCCCCUCCCCCUCCAUUCAGUAGGCAGAAUAGUCUUUUUCCCUAUUCUUCUACACAACCAUCAUGGGAGCAAAUAUAUUCUUCCGUUUCUACUGCAAUUGUGGCUGGUUCUAUACCGCCUCCACCUCCACCACCCCCACCACCACCUCUCUCCUCUCUCUCUCUGGUUAGGCCAUAUACAUCAAAGAAUAUUGUAAGUACUCCUCCAGCACCUGUUUUAUCCCCUCCCCCACCUUCUGUGAUGCAUGAAACACUUGCUUCACCACCUCCACCAUCCGCACCUGCUUCAUAUGGUGAUAAAGCAUCACCAACUCUAUCUUCUCCAGCACCCUCCCCUAUUACUUCAGUUCAUGGUGCUUCCCCGCCCCCGCCCCCAACACCUCCACUUAUUACUUCAGUUCAUGGUGCUUCUCCACCCCCACCCCCACCCCCACCCUCACCCUCACAUAUUAGUUCAGUUCAUGGUGCUUCCUCGCCCCCGCCUUUAGCACCUCAAACAACCCCACCUAUUACUUCAGUGCAUCGUCCACCCCCGCCCCCGCCCCCGCCCCCGCCCCCAUUAAUGUAUGAGGCAUUUCCUUCACCAUCUCUAAUGAAAAGAACACCACCUCCACCACCUCCACCCCCACCCAUGCAUGGUGCAUCUCCAACACUAUCUUUAUUAGGACCACCACCUCCUUCGAUGCAUGGGGCUUUUCCACCAUUGCCUCCUCCACCACCUUUGCNUCCACCAAUUCAUGGGACUCCGUCACCAUCACCACCCCCACCCCCACCGCCUCCACCAAUGCACGGGGCUCCUCCCCCCCCACCACCUCCUCCACCAAUGCAUGGGGCUCCUCCACCACCACCACCUCCACCACCAAUGCACGGGGCUCCUCCACCAAUGCACAGGGCUCCUCCACCACCACCACCUCCUCCACCAAUGCACAGGGCUCCUCCACCACCACCACCUCCUCCACCAAUGCACGGGGCUCCUCCACCACCACCACCUCCUCCACCAAUGCACGGGGCUCCUCCUCCACCACCACCACCACCUCCACCAAUGCAUGGGGCUCCUCCACCCCCGCCACCACCUCCUCCUAUGUAUGGGGCUCCUGCCCCACCACCACCUCCUCCUAUGUAUGGGGCCCCUCCCCCGCCGCCGCCACCACCCGGUGGAGGGAGAGCGCCUCCCCCACCGCCGCCACCACCAGGUGGAGGGAGAGCCCCUCCCCCGCCUCCGCCACCACCCGGUGGUGGGAGAGCUCCUCCCCCGCCUCCGCCACCACCCGGUGGUGGGAGAGCCCCUCCCCCGCCUCCGCCACCACCCGGUGGUGGGAGAGCCCCUCCCCCGCCUCCGCCACCACCCGGUGGUGGGAGAGCCCCACCCCCGCCUCCACCACCACCCGGUGGUGGGAGAGCCCCACCCCCGCCUCCACCACCCGGUGCCCCACCACCGCCUCCCCCACCCGGUGGUGGGAGAGCCCCGCCACCACCUCCCCCACCGGGUGGUGGUGGAGCCCCAGCACCCCCUCCCCCUCCGGGAGGUCGUGGAGCCCCACCCCCUCCUAGACCUCCUGGUGGUGGUGGACCUCCUCCACCUCCACCACUAGGUGCAAGAGGAGCAAACGCUCCACCUGACCCUAGAGGUUUGUCCUCUGGAAGAGGGCGUGGGCUAUCACGCUCAACAGCUACAGCACCUCGAAGGUCCUCCUUAAAGCCCCUACAUUGGAGCAAAGUAACGAGAGUUCUGCAAGGGAGCCUGUGGGAAGAACUGCAGAGAUAUGGAGAACCUCAAAUUGCACCAGAGUUUGAUGUGUCUGAGUUAGAGAGCCUCUUUUCUGCAAAUGUUCCCAAACCUGCUGAUGGAGGUAAAUCUGGAGGGCGAAGGAAGUCUGUUGGAUCCAAAAGUGACAAAGUUCACCUGAUUGACCUCAGAAGAGCUAAUAACACUGAAAUUAUGCUCACCAAAGUAAAGAUGCCUCUUCCUGAUAUGAUGGCUGCAGUGCUAGCUAUGGACGAGUCAGUAUUAGACGUUGAUCAGGUGGAAAAUCUCAUAAAAUUUUGUCCUACGAAGGAGGAGAUGGAACUUCUUAAGGGAUACACUGGUGAUAAGGAUAACCUUGGAAAGUGUGAACAGUAUUUUUUGGAGCUGAUGAAAGUGCCUCGAGUAGAGUCAAAGUUGAGAGUGUUUUCCUUUAAGAUUCAGUUCGGUUCUCAGAUAUCAGAAUUUAAGAAGAGUUUAAAUACUGUCAACUCUGCAUGUGUCGAGGUUAGGAAUUCUGCCAAACUGAAGGAGAUUAUGAAGAAAAUUCUUUAUCUGGGGAAUACACUGAAUCAAGGAACGGCAAGGGGUUCUGCAGUUGGCUUCAAGUUGGACAGUCUUUUAAAGCUUGCUGAUACACGUGCUUCUAAUAAUAAGAUGACACUCAUGCAUUAUCUUUGCAAGGUCCUCGCUUCAAAGACGCCAGCUCUUCUUAAUUUUCAUUUGGACCUGGGUAGCCUAGAGGCAGCAACCAAGAUACAAUUAAAGUCUUUAGCAGAAGAAAUGCAAGCUAUAAUUAAGGGGUUAGAAAAGGUCAGGCAGGAGCUUGUUGCUUCUGAAAGUGAUGGUCCAGUUUCUGAAAUUUUUCGCAAGACGCUGAAAGAAUUUAUUGCUAUCGCUGAGACUGAGGUGGCAUCAGUGACAAAUCUAUACUCUACUGUGGGUAGAAAUGCAGAUGCACUUGCACUAUAUUUUGGUGAGGAUCCAGCUCGUUGUCCAUUUGAGCAGGUUACAGUGACAUUAUUGAACUUUAUGAGAUUAUUUCGGAAAGCCCACGAAGAAAACUGCAAACAGGCCGAACUGGAAAGGAAAAAGGCGGAGAAAGAAGCUGAAAUGGAGAAAGCCAAAGGAAUUAGCCUUACGAAGAAGAGUGUGAAAUAGGUGAUAUACUUGAGUUCUCCUUAGCACGGGAGAUUGAGCUUUUGUUGUCACCUUGGGGCCGAGGGGAAGCAUGCUUUGUGACCAGCUUCAAAGAAAAUCCAAUUUGAGAUAUGUUCUGCAGUGCUAAAACCUCGAUGAACAUGGAUAAACACAUGGGCUGUUUAUUUAUGCCUGCAGAACUUGAGUUGGCCAAGUUGUUUAUUUGUACAUAGUUGACGUGCUGCUACCUGGACCAACAGAAUCGUGUCCCAACUCUGAAUAGACAUAUCAACCAUGGAGAUAACAUUGGGUGCUGACCAUCUUCGCCAAUCAAAGGUAUUCCAUGUGCUGGUAGCUUCAAUUCUGAUUAUGGGUUUGGCUCCUCCCGACAGAUUUUUUCAGAAUAUUGUUUUCAAUCCUAGAUCAGUGUUUGGAUUAAAGUAGGUGAUCUGGUUUCGGCUUUGACAAUGAAUGCAUGUGGCAUAAAAGUUUUGGGCAGAGAAUUUGCAUCCUUGAAAUCCAGCCGUAGCACGAAGCCAUGUACAGAGCGAGCCUCUCUAACCAUUCCAUACAUUAGAAUGUAAAUUUUUUUGUUGUUUGAUGAUGUAUCAUGAAAAUAGUCUCUCCCUCUUAUUUGUAGAUUUUUUUGACUCAAACCCGUCCUAGAGAUGUUGUAUAGCUCAGAUUCAGAGAGUAAUUAGAAGACGGGUUCUCCCACCACUGUAAUUGUAAUAUAAAUCGAAAAUAUAGGCCACGUUUGAAAUCCUCUCGUUUCUCUCUCACCUUUA